UUUUAGCCACACAUUACCGAGGGCGUUAAUGUACGUGUUGUAAUGUUGAGACACAUGGACAUUUUCAUCAAUAUUAUAAAAUGAAAAAUAUUAAAAAUAAGAAGCCUGCGAAAGAGGGAGACGAUAAAAAGGAAAAAGUUGAGAAGAAAUUUGACAAAAAGAAAUACAGACUCCAAAAAUAUAGCAAUAAGUAUAAAAUUGAUCAGUGGGAAGAAAAGAGAAAGAAAGCCGUGUUGCGUGGAUUUUACAAGGAACUUGCAAAGGAUCAGCAGAAUUCACAAUCGUCAUCUUUAAAUAAACCCAAGAAUACAAAUGAGAUAAGCAACUCAAAAAGUAAAAGCUAUGCCUUUUACAAGGCCAAACAAGAGUACAAACGCAAGCAAGAAGAUAAGAAGAGAAGGAUAGAAGAUGCCAUUCGUGUAAAAGCAGAGCGAGAAGAAGCCUUGAGAAAAUAUAAGGAAAAGAAAUUGCAAAAUUUUAGGGUGUUAUCGAGGAAAACGAGGAAAGGACAACCUGUUAUGAAAGGCAGAAUAGAGAUGUUGCUUGAAAAGAUACAGCAAAGUGUAAAGUAACUUAUAAUUUCCUCUUAGGAGAAAGUAUAAUUUAUUCCUUGCAUUGUUACUUAGCUACAUUGAUUUCAUUCAUAGCGAAUAGCAUAAAAGUGCAUUGUACAUUGUAAUACAUAUAAUCAUAAUAUAUCAUCUAGAAAAGCA